CUCUACCCUAGUCACAGUUCUGGCCUCCUUUGUCAUCCUCAGCACCUGCUUGCUCACCAUGGUAUCCUAUACCUUUAUAAUCUCAACCACACUUAGGAUCCCCUCAGCCAGUGGGAGACAAAAGGCCUUUUCCACCUGUGGUUCACACCUUACUGUGGUGGUGAUUUACUAUGCCACAGUUAUCUUCAUAUAUACAAGACCCAUUUCCCCUUCUCCUUCUAAGCUGGACACAGUGGCAUCAGUAUUUUAUGCAGUAGUCACCCCACUGCUCAAUCCAAUGAUUUAUAGUUUAAGGAAUAAGGAGGUAAAGGAUGCUUUGAAGAAGUUAAUGAAUAGGAACCGG